AGGGGGUGGGUUACUGAAUUGCUGAGCCAUUGCCGACACCCAUUGGGUGCCAGGCCAUGUCGCUGGUUCGUGGCGCUGCCCUUAUUUAAUGGAGAGGUUGCCAAGCCUGCUGUCUUCCCUCACUAUGCAGUCCCUAUCUAAAGCAGAGAUAAAGGACUUGCUGAACCAUGCGCUCAAGCACCAAUACCGCGUGCAGGACCGCGAUAAGAAGUCCGAGUCGGUGAUGGAGAAGACGGUGGACCUGUUCCGGCUCGACUACCACACGGACAUCCUGCCGAACGGGUCCGGCGAGCUGGGCAGCAACUACCCGUCGCGGAUCGUGCUGCUGUCGGCGGGCCGCGACCCCGGCGCCGUCGACGCGACGCGCCUGCACCGGCUGGCGCUGGUGGCUCGCAUGGGUCGCUGCCGGGGCCGCUUCCCCGUCGGCGUGAUCCUGUACCGCGGUCAGCACAUCUGCAGGUCCUCGACGCUGUCGGUGGGUGCGGAGAUGUAUCCGCGUCACUACUUCUACUCGAUAUUCGGCGGUGCCCCGAGCGGCGGCGGCGAAGGCGGCGGCGACGGUGGCUCCCAGCCGAUCGAGGAGGCCGGCCUGGAUCCGCCCAGUCCGCCGGACGAGUCGCCAAGCCAGCUGUUUGACCGCAUCCGCAACAUGGACAUGAAACUGCUGCGCCUCUUCUCUGUACGCACCAUUGCCGACCUCAUGGUGGAGAACAAGAAGGUCAAGUUCGGAGUGUACGUGUCCUCGUCGGAGAAAGUGGACAAGCAGGAGCGGUACGCCGGCUUCGACCUGCUCAGCCUGCCGUACCCGGGCUGCGAGUUCUUCCAGCAGUACUGCCAGCGCGGCUACCAGGGCGCCGGUCUGCUCUUCGACUGGAACCAGAGCUACAUUGACGCCGAGAUCGUGCUGCCGCCGCAGCUGGUCGACAGGCUGGCCGUCCAGUGGGAGCUGUACCGGACCUGGGACAUCGUGCAGCUGACGCAGAACUACCUGCGCCUGCUGCUGCACUGCCUACACGCCAGCCAGGACGGCCUGCUCAUCCACUGCAUCUCUGGCUGGGACCGGACGCCGCUCUUCGUCUCGCUGCUGCGGCUGACGCUCUGGGCCGACGGCCUCAUUCACACGGCGCUGGACGCCUCGCAGAUCCUAUAUUUGACGUUGGCGUACGACUGGUUCCUGUUCGGACACAACCUGCCCGAUCGGGUAGCCAAGGACGAGGAGAUCAUGCACUUCGCCUUCAACUUCCUCACGCACAUAGACACGGAAGAGUUCAGUGCUUCCAACUACGGCGGGCCGACGCCGACCGAGCCGCGCCGCGCCGAGUCGGAGGUGCACCUGGUGGACGGCGUGCUGCUGGAGGGCCUCGAGACGGACGCCUCCAGCAUCCACUCGUCGUGCUCGUCGGCGUCGGACGGCGCGGCGGCGGCGCUGCUGCCGCCGGCCGGCCCGGCCAGCGCCGAGGCGUGGCCCUUCGUCGAGCCGUGCGCCGCCAGCCUGACGUCGCUGGAGGGCAGCCUCAGCGAGCUGGAGCUCUCCUCGUCAUCGUCGUGCAGCUCCGGCCGGCGUUGGCGCGUGCCUUUCAGCGGCGGCACGUACCACGAGCCGCCCACCAGCCCGGUGAGCGUGCCCGGCGGCACGCGGGCCCGUCACGAGAGCUGCGGCUCGGUCGGCAGUUGGCAGAUGGUGAACUGUCCGGGCAGCGUCAACGGAUCCGGAUCGAACGGCUCCGUGCGUUCCGGCUCAUCUCACUCUCGGAGCAGCUAUCACUCGCUGGGGGCAGAGUUUACGGAGUCGACGACGACGCUGAUCGACGAGUCUGGCGAACAGAGCACCGAGCUUCCAGAGACCAGGCGGUCGGCGCGGCUGCGUGCGGUGCGCACCCUGUUCCUGCAGUCGUACAGCGCGGCCGUGGGCCUGAAGACGGGACCGAUGUCGCAGCGGACGCCGGGCGCCGCCGGCUUCUCGCUGGUGCCCUCCAUCGUCUCCAACAUCGCCGGCCGGGUCGGCAUCCUGAUGACAUGAAGGCGCGACGGCGGACGGCGGCCCGCGGUCAUGACCUGAGGCCAGGUCUCCGCCGUGGCUCUGUCGUCCGCCGCCGCCCUUGGUCGCAGCUGGUGCCGAGAGAGCGGCCGCUGGUUUAUGUGUCGAUUACCACAUGUUGCAUGGAAGGGAAUGCCGCGGCCGGUUAUUCUCAACUGUGGCUUAUGUCAUGGGGGGACGGGUGGCAUGUGUGCUGCUGCUGUGAUGGACUGUAACACCCCCGCCCUGCACUGAGUUUCUUUCCUUCCGCUGUCGUGACUAACCCGAGACCAAUUUAUCAUCUUUGCAUGCAUAAUCUACGUUAUAGAUACUGUAAGUAGCCCUCCGGAACUGCAGACGUGGCAUAAUUGUCAUAUCCUUAUUUGUACUGAAUUACGCGUUUUCGGCAAUAUGCAGGCCACGGGUAUGUAUAAAUCAACAGCGCGUCCCCGUGUGUCAGGGGACUUGACCAGACGCCUGAUAUCGAAUUUGUGACAUUGCCGCCGGCUACCCGUGAAUCUCCCACUGAUCACAGUUCGCCUCUCCAUCUCGCCUGUACUUAAACACUUGCAUGCAAACUCGGUGUUGUACCGGAGUACAACGCGGCGCUCAUGUGCGCUCAUCAUUUUUCUCGCAGGUUCCGACAAAAAAUAAAUUGGAUUGCCUUGACGGUACUGGAAAUGAAAGUACCGCAAAUGAAUAAAUGACCAUAUCCAAUAAGGAAUCUGUCGUUGCUGUUGAGACAAACCGGCAUAUGGCUCGGGUAUGGUUGAAGGUAUUCAGUUCACCCGGUAACGACACUCCAGCGGCGGACCGCGCGCUAGCUUCUUUAUUCUCCACCCUCCUGAAUUUUCCACGGGCCUGUUUGUUCUGCAGCGGUCUGUCACAGACGUCGGCUGGCAGUGCGACGGUCGAACGGUGAGGGCCAGGGGCAGCAGCAGGCGUUGUCGUCGGCCGGAUCGGCGGCGGGCGGCGCGAGACCCCGCCUCCACUGUGGUGACAGUGACGCCGCUGUUCGGCAGGCGGCAGGGGCGUGGGUGCCGCGGGUCCGCCGGGCCCGCGGUCGCCCGGCGGCAGCCUCCACUGGCCGGCCAGCGGGGCCGGAGCGUCCGUCUUGUCCGCCGCGAUAGCGACCUGCGCAAUGUUUCCGCACAGAUGGUAUGCGUGCAUUUUACGCGGGUGGUGGUACGAAGUACACGUUCCGUUUCCGCGACGUGCGGCUGCUGUAUCGUGCUGGGUCUGCGGCGGGAGCAGAUGUUCUGCGCUGCGGGACGUGUGUCGAUGCCGUUCCUCGUUGCCAAACGCCCUCUUCUGGUGGCAAAAUGUGACGUCACAGGCGCAUCACGCACACUCGGACGAGUGUUCCAUGCCAACCGUGUUGACGUGGUGACCUUUUAGGUCACGUUUACCGAUCGGGAACGGUGUCUGCCUAGGAAGAGCGCACAUCGCCUGUUUGUAACGGCCCGCUGCCGUGCGCCGUUCGGCGCUCCUGGGCGCCACACUAUGGAUUGUACAGCGUGCCCGCGAUUGGGCUGGUGUCGGCGCCUGGGGCUGGGUCGGGUCCGUGCUGUCGCUUUGGACAGAGCCGUGUGAUGUGGGCCGCGGCUGUUUCGGUCUGUCUCGUCCCCUCUGUCGCGUUCACAUGGUGCGAUGGGGACUGACGUCAGCUGCGAGGACGGCAGCGCACUGCUCCCGCACACCCAGUUAUUUCCCGAGCGAAUAUCGUGAUGUCGGUGCACUGCGUGCUAUUCUGUGUCGCUCAGCUGGUGAUAUACGUCCAUAUCACCGCCGCCGCGCGCCUACCUGCUCCGCUGUUCUCCCGAGCGUGGAGGAACGUCGAGUGAGGGAGGGCGGGUGGUCGCCGCAAGCGCCUACUCUCGCCUGCAUAUCUGCCGGGACUUUGUAACGUUGCCAUUAUACCGACAUACCUUGCCACGUAUACGCGAUGUAAAGAGAAUACAGAUUGCCCAAGAGCAGACUGCUGAUGAA